AUGGUUGACCCUCGACUGUCGCUAUUGCCGAGUCCCGCGGGUAUGCUAUUAAGGUUCCGUGAAUAUAAGAGCGCGCUGCAAGCGGACAUCCGCAAGGCUUUCUUCAUGGUCAAGGUUAAUCCUGAAGACUGUCCGUACCUGCGUUUCUUGUGGCCCGGUCGAAGCGACAGCGACGAACUGUUAACCUGGAGGUUAACGAAACUGCCAUUUGGCGUAAAUUGCUCGCCAUACAUGCUUACUGCGGUGAUUCAGCAUCACUUCAAGGAGCUACGUGCGCUGUCUGCACCCAAAGAGCGAGACCGUAUUGAUCUCUUGCUCACGAGUUUCUACGUUGACGAUUUGGUCUCUAGUGUCUCAAAUGCCCCGUAA